UGCCAAUGUAAUUUAGAUGUGAGCCGGAGAGCUCGAUGAGCUGAAGAACACUUUCGCAAAUUACACGGUGAUUAAAACACUGUCUACAGCCAGUAAAAUGGAUUUUCAAGCAUACCCCAGAAAUAUGGGGAACAAAAGUUCCCAUGCAUUAAAGUUGCAGCAACAUUUAUAUGAUCAGAUGUCAUCUCAAACUGAAUUCUGUGAUGUUACCCUGAUGGUGGGAGAUAUUGAAGUGAAGGCCCACUGGAAUGUACUGGUAUCCUGUCCCUACUUUCAGUCCUUAUAUGAUAGUGGGAUGGAUGAAAAAGUAUCAGGUAAAGUGAUACUGCAUAUAGGGAAAUUAGCAGCCAUCAGGUCAGCUAUAGCCUUUCUUUAUGUGGGAACUGUAGAAAUUUCAUAUGAAAAUGUGAGGGACUUACUGGAAGUUGCAGAAUACUUCCAGAUAAGUGACUUGAAACAAGCAUGUCGUGAUUACCUCUUCUCUGUGGAGGUCACUGUUGACAACUGUGUUCAAAUUUGUCUGCUGUGUAGUCAGUAUGACCUUGAUAUUUAUAACAAAACUUAUGACUUUCUCAGGGGACAUUUACCUGAUGUCAUGAAGAAAGAUGACAUUCUAACACUUACCCAUGAUUCUAUUCUGGCAUUUAUUAUGGAUCAGACCUUAUCAUACAUUCCGCAGGAAGAAUUCUUUAAUUUCAUCCUAAGAUGGGUAAAACAUGAUGAGGCAAAUAGACUUCACUAUUUCAGUGAAGUGUUUUGUGCAUUAGAUCUGCUACAAAUGUCUAAACAAGUUAUAGAAACAAUUCUGGAGAAAAACAAUUUGGUUAGCAGACAUGAAGACUGUAAAGCUCACAUUCUCCGAGCUAAAUUGUCAAAAGGCUUGACAUUCCAGGAAACUGGACAGCGGGAUGUUAUACUUGUAGCAGGUGGUUGUAGUCACAGUGUGUAUGUAAAUAACUUCUUCCAUCAUUUUUCAUCCAUCAUCAAUUCCAUAGCUGUUAGUAAUAUUUAUGGGUAUGUGAUUCAGGACCAAAGAUGGACGGAAAUAGCUCCGCUACCUCAUCAGAUGAGAAGGCCAUUGUUGACUUACGAUAAUUCAGGACAUUUAUACGUGUUUGAUACAGAGCAUACACACGACAGCACAAUGUUUUACAUUUACAAGUUCAGAAUCAGUGACAAGAGUUGGACAAGUUUCAAAAUUAAUGUACCAGAGGCUUAUUUGAAUGCUUCACUUCAGAAAAUUAUAGCAUGUAACAGCAGAUUGUAUGCUGUUAUUUCGAGCCAGCAGUCUGUACUUUUAGAAGCGAAAGAAGAUGGAAAUGAAAGUGAAAUAAAAUGUCAGUUGUUCCACAGCAAUCCUUCAACUCAGGUUAAUGUUCAUGUGAUAAAUAACACUCACAUAUGUGUAUUGGCAUGGAAGCAUGGCAUUAAAGUCAAGAAAAGUCGUCAUUAUGCCAAAUUUAUUGUUUAUGAUGUGCGAAGUCAGAGAAGGUGUGAUCAUUCUAAGGGUUCGAUAUUUGAAACCCAUAUGUUUUCCAUAGGAAAUGACAUCACUGUUUGUAGAAUGGGAAAGUUCCAUGCUAGGCGGUUUAAUUUAAACGACAGGAGAUGGAAACCUAUCGCUGAUCAAGUCCUGCCAUUCCCACCGGAAGACCCAGCAAGGACAGAUUUUGCAAGCAUUUCUGAUGGAAACAAUUUUUUCCUAUUUGGUGGAAAAGACCAUUCCACGAAAAAACCUUUGGAAACUGCAUACAAAUAUACAUAUAGAACAAAAUCAUGGACAAAGCUAGAAGAUAUGCCGCAAGCCUUAAUGCAAAGUGCUAUUUGUAUUGCCAGGUUUCCUGUUACAGACGUUAGGUGCCAUAUUAAGUGUCCACAUUGUUUGUAUCAUUCCAGACGUAGUCAGGCUUUGUACAAUGUUGAGUAUCCUCCCGAUGAGGAUGAGUGUACCGAUUACUCAAAUGAUGAUGAUUACCUUUCGGAUCAUUGGGUUGAUUACUAUGAUGAUUAUGAAGCAUUCGACGAUCCUUUUGAACACUACUGGUAUUGAUUGUUGUCACUUUUUGUUGAACAUUAAAAAAUAAUUAAAAUCUAAACCUACUGCCCAAAGUGUAAAUUAUGUUUGUUUUUCAAUAAAUGGCUCAUCCUUUUAUUGUAAUGUUAAGUCGUCAUCUGCAAAAAUAGAUUCUUUAUUUUCCAUUUAAAACUUUGUAAAUUGUGAUAUUCGAAUAUCUAUUUUAGGAUGAGAUUUAAGUCUUUAAGAAAUUUGCUAUUACUUGUUUUUACUUGUUUCAGAACUGUUAGAUGAAAAACUUCAAAGCAAUUAACAUUAUACCUUAGGUGUACAGUUUUUUUUAUGUUAAAAAAAAAGGUUUAGACACAACUUGGACAUUGAAUCAAACAUCUCAGAAAAAGUAACAACCACCUUUUUAAAAAAUCUGAAAAUUGUGAAUUCGUAUUACUUCAUAGAAUAUAAGCUUGCUUCCAAAUGUAUAAUGGAUAUAAUCCAAUUUACAGACUUCAAUAUUGCAAUAUACAAGGUAAUAUUUUCUCUUACAUGUGGGUUUAUCCUUUUGUUAUUGCUGUACUAAUUUUUAUCUGGUGCUAUUUGAAAUGAAAGAUUAAGAAUUGAAGUUUUUAGAAAUGUACAGCUCAUACCAGAAUCAGUAUUUUAGUUGAAAAUUAGUAAUUAUACUUAAUUAUCAUGAUUAUAGUUCCAUUUUGUAUCAAUGUAUUGAUGAAGGACAUCUUUGAUAUUCUUAUUUUUGGUGCAGUAGUACAAAUUGUCAGACCAGAUAUUGCAUUUAUGUACAUUCAAAUUGUAGUUAUGUUUUUUAAGAAGUUUUAAGAAACAUUACGAUUACAAAAUA